AGAGCCAACCACACAAACAAAAACCAGCACUUCAUUCCUCUUAUAAAACCCCUUCAUGUAUUUCCAUACCAGAGAAAGAAUCUACUAGUCUGUCCAUCUCUGCACCUCUAUCUCCUCUUCUGCAACACUUGAAUAUUCCAUAAUAAUCACUACUGUUUCUUUCCCUUUUCUUGCUUCUUCUGACUGAUGGACUUGAGCUUACCCUGUGCUUACACUUUUCACAUGGCUAUUAUUGUCUGCACAAGCUUCUUUAGGCACAAGUUUUUUAGCUCAAAUUGAACUCACAAGUCCUAGCUUUCUUUGUAGUUUUCUUGUUCUUGCUUUUUCAAGCAAAUAUAAAAGUUGGUAGUUUAAAAAUUGUGUAUAUAUGGGGAUUAGUAGUACUUUUGAUGGUUCUGACACCACCCUUUUGCUUAAAUCUGGAAAUCUAAACUGUCCCUCAGGAGUUCUUGAAUCUUUCUGGAUGUCAAACUCUUCCCCUUCUUUUCAAGAUUGCCCUUCAAAGGUUUCUGCAUCAAUUGUUGACUUCCAAAAUCCACCUCAAGAUGAUGGGAGGAAGGGGAGGCUCUUUUCUUCUCUCGACGUUGAUGAGGACAAUGGCGAGGCCUUUGAUCCUUCCUUUCAUCGAUCAGAGAAGAAAAGGCGGCUCAGCAAGGAUCAGGUUCAGUUUCUUGAGAAGAGUUUUGAGAAGGAUAACAAACUAGAACCUGAUAGGAAAGUGCAGCUUGCUAAGGAAAUUGGAUUGCAGCCGAGACAGGUUGCCAUAUGGUAUCAAAACCGACGAGCCCGGUGCAAAAGCAAGCAGCUUGAAAAGGACUAUGAUGUUCUGAAAGAAAGUUAUGAUAAGCUCAAGGUUGAUUAUGAAAACCUCCUCAAAGAGAACGAAAGCUUGAGAAUUGAGGUCGAAUCUAUGAAAGACAAAAUGCCUGUGAGUGAGAAAAGGGAGGUGAAUUUGGAGCCUGUGAAUGCGCGAGAUGUAGGAGCAAAACCAACUGAGGAUCUAAUUGUUCAAAAUGAGAAUACUCCACAACUGAUGAUUCGUAAGCCAGAGUAUGUGAAUUCCUCCGAGAGCCCUGCUGUAGAUUCUGAUAGCCUGUAUAGUGUUGAUGGAAACCUCAAAUCCGUAUUCGAGUCGGUUGAUUCUUCUUCAGUUUUUGAACCAGACUACUCAGACUUCUCUCAAGACGGCGAAGAAGGUUUCAGCAGAAUGCUGCUGCUACCAGACCUGCCGAUGCUUGAAACAGAGUGCUUCGACGACAUGUAUGUAGAUCAUAGCAAUUUAGCAGAGAGUUCAGUUGGAGAUCAACACUUAUUGCUCUGGACUAAUGUGUUUGAUGUGUAGUGGUUAGGUUUUGUGGUUCUUGGCAAUGCCUUCUUGUAACUCAUGUAAAAAUCUAUGAAUAAAAGUAGCUUUUAGACCCUCAAA